AUGGCAGAUAGAUACGUCACAGUGGCAAAGCGGGAGGAGGGGGAGACCUACUCGCCUCGUGGCUAUAUCCCCCGGCCCGGGCAUGAAACCAAUAAGACCAUCUACGUGGGACAGCUGCGCUACGACACCGACGAGAGGACAGUGCGGAAGUGGUUUGAGGCAUAUGGCACGGUGGUGACCGUCAAGCUCAUCUACGACAAGGAGACAGGGCGGUCCAAGGGCUUUGGGUUUGUGUCGUUUGAGGACGACCGCGACGCGCGCGACGCGCUCAACGACGCCGGCGGCCGCGACCUGGACGGAGCCGCCAUCAAGGUCAACAUAGCCCACGGCCCCGCCACUUUUCCACCCUUUGCCGGCCGCGGGCGCGGCAGGGGCGGCGGCUUUUACGGCGGCCGCGGGGGCGGUGGCUUCGAGCCGCGAGGGCGCGGCUUUGACCGGCGCGUGACUUACGACCGCUAUUCCCCGGGGCGCUACUCUCCACGCAGCCGCUCGCGGAGCAGGAGCCCCAGCAGGAAGCACGACAGGGAGGAGCGGUACGACGACGACGUCCCCGCCGACAAGCGCCGCCGCCACGGCUCGCCCUCCAGGUCUCGCAGCCGCACCAGCGGGCGCAGUCGCAGCCGCAGCCCGAGCCACAGCAGGAGCCGCAGCAGGAGCCGCAGCGUGUCGCCCAGCCGCGGCGCCGCGGCUGACGAGCGCUCGCCGCCGCGCACCGACCCCGCCGCGGCGCCGCCGCCGUCGGCCGAGCCGGCCAGCUCUGUGCCGGCCUCGGCCCCCACCCACCCGCCCUCUGCGCCUGGAUCGGAGAAGACUCCGCCGGGGCUGGGCGUGCCGCCUGCGGCGCGGGCCACCAUGCCCGGCGCCAAGCCGCCUCCCUCUGCCGAGGCGGUGAAGAAGGAGCUGCUGCGCCUGCGCAAGCAGGAGCAGGAGCUGGGCAGCCGCGUGCGCAGCCUGGAGGAGCGGCUGGCGAAGAAGGAGAGCCAGCUGGCGGGGAGGGAGCGCGACCUGGGCGACGCGCGCCACCAGCUGGCCGGGCAGCAGCAGCAGCUGCAGCAGUACAAGCACUGGGUGGCGGCCCUGCUGGAGGGCGCAGACAAGCUGGCGAGCAGCCGCGCGGCGGUGGCGGCGGCGGAGGCCGAGGCCAAGCGGCAGGAGGAGGGUCUGGCGGCGCUGCGCCGCGACAUCUCGGCAGAGGCCGAGCGCCUGGGCGCGGAGCUCACCAACGGCGGCGAGUAUGGCCAGGCCGAGGACGACGCUGCCUGGGAGCAGCUGGCCGCAGACAUUCAGGAGUCGGAGCGCGCGGCGGCGGCGGCGGACGAGGCGCCCGCGGCGCACCCGCCGCAGCCGCCCGCGGGGCAGGCCUCCGACAUGGCCCUGCAGGCCGUGAUGCAGGAGGCGGCCAUGGAAGAGGAUGAGCCCGCGGGUGGUGGCUGGACCGCUGCGGGUGGCGGGGCCCACGACGCGGCCGGCGCCGGCGGCCGUUUCUCGGGCCUCAAGUUUGCGGUGCCGCCGGUUUAG